CGUCGCAUCCUCGGCAACGGCUGGUGACAGAGGGCGAGGAAGACGAGGCGAAACUUUCUCAGCCGCCAGUUGCCAUCGGCUCGCCUUUAUGCUCGAUAACAGCCGCGGUGUCGCAGUCUCUCUCUCUCUUUCCUUUUUUUUGUGUUUUACUUUGACAUCGUUCCCUCGGCUUCGCUGUCGUCCGAGUGAGACUUCCGCCCGAGGCUGACUCAACGUCGAAGUCGUCGCGUCGCGAAGUAGCGUCGAGUUGAAAACACGCCACAAGUUGGCUCGACUCGACGAGUUCAGCCACGUAGAGACGCCGGAGAAGCGGAGCUAUGACCAACCGAGAGGACGAAUACGACUACCUCUUCAAGGUGGUGCUGAUUGGAGAUUCAGGGGUGGGGAAGAGUAACCUGCUGUCCCGCUUCACCCGAAAUGAGUUCAACCUGGAGAGCAAGAGCACCAUCGGGGUGGAGUUUGCCACUCGCAGCAUCCAGGUAGAGGGCAAGACCGUCAAGGCUCAGAUCUGGGACACGGCUGGACAGGAGCGAUACCGCGCCAUCACUUCCGCGUACUACCGCGGAGCAGUUGGCGCUCUCUUGGUUUAUGACAUUGCCAAGCACUUGACGUAUGAAAAUGCUGAGCGCUGGCUGAAGGAGCUGCAGGACCACGCGGACAGCAACAUAGUCAUCAUGCUAGUGGGCAACAAAAGUGAUCUACGCCACCUGAGGGCGGUGCCAACAGAUGAGGCCAAGGCCUUGGCAGAGAAACAUGGCCUUUCUUUCCUGGAGACGUCCGCGUUGGACUCCUCUAAUGUGGAGCUGGCUUUCCAGACGAUUCUUACAGCCAUCUACAACAUCGUGUCACAGCGGCAGAUGUCCGGGCGAAGCGACUCCGACUUCUCGCCUGCUUCCAACGUAGUGCCCAUCACGGUUGAGCCCACCCAAAACUCAGCCAAUAAGGGCGUCUGCUGCCAGAGCAACUGAGGCCUUACCACUGACCUCCUCCUUCACCUCCGAGCAGUUGGAGAAACGACCAGAUAGACAGACAGACAGAGACAGACAGAUGGAACGGGGAGAAAGGAGAGGCAGGUACAGACUACACAGAACAGUUUAUUCAUAUGUUGUCCUGUUAAGACAACGUGGUAGAGUUUGAAGAGGGGGACCGGGCAGAGAGGGGCAGUAAAGAAGUUUAGACGGGGUUUGCGGUGUGCAGGGAAAAGUGUCAAUGGGAGGGAAACUGGUGAGAUGCCACGUACAUCUGGUGCAUUAAGCAUUUUAAAAAAAGAGGAACCCGAUUAGAAGUGAUUCAUAAUCUGAUGAACAAUGUAAUGGUUAUGAGGUUCCUUUUUUUUGUAUCUCAUCAUGAUUUCUGUCUUUCAAAACUGUCCUCCCUUUUUGAAAGCUCUAUUUCUGCCAGUAAAUGCUUUAUCUCAUUUCCCCACCACCAGUAUAUUGGGCAAUAAAAAUCCACAUCCAAAAGACCUGCUACCCUUCUGUCGCCGCAGUCAUUCCUAUUUUCACUUAAAUGUAUAGUAUUUAGAAAAAUAAUGUCUGGUACAAUAUUUAUUGAACAUUAGAUUAUGGUCUUCUCCAGCCAAGCGGUUUUGCAAUUUUAACACCAUUUGGUUCAGAUGUUCCCCAAUGAUGGCUUUGCAGAAGAGGAAGCUCUCUUGCAUUUCGGUGCCCACAAUCAUAUCAAAGCAAACUCUCGCACGCAUUUACAAGGAUUUCAAGUCGUCCUCUUUUUGCUAAAUGCUAAUGCUGGAAUUUGGUCAAAGUCGGUUGAGUGACGUUGUGUUCCACUCGCGAGCAACAACAUCCCUCCCCACCGGUUACAUGUCAUUUCUUUCUAAAAGCUGAUCUGAAGGCUUCCCUGCCCUGCGCACUUUGUUCUCUACAGAUGAGUCAUGCUCUUGCAGCUAUCCCGUCUCAUUUAGAGUUAACGGCGCGCAAAGCUUGCGUCGCUAGUGAGCGAGUUUACCGCCUCACAUGUCGGUGGGAUGCCAGCAGCGGCUCUCCUGACGGCCGUUUCCCUGUUGCGCCCGAUUUGGGGAAUAGGUUUGAGUGCCUGGACGAGCCUGCUGCUGCUGCUGCUGCUGUUGCUGCUGCUGCCUGCUUGCUGGGGAUAGAUGGUUGGAUACUGUUUCAGGGGAUGAGUUAGUGAGGGCUCUCUGCCCCGCUGCUGUGGUCUCUGAUGCAGCCGAGAUGGCUUGUUUUACUGUAAGUGAAAUCCUCCACUGCCUGCUACCUGCUCCUCCCCUCUGUGUCUCCACACUGUAUGUAACUGGAACAGGACUCUGCCUUCUGGGAUCUCCCUGAGGUCUGCCCUCGCUCUCACUUGUCUUUAUUUCCUGUGGAGGGGGCGGGGGUUGUAUUCGGGGAGCCAGGAUUGGGUUUGUUAGUAUCUAAUAGUUUGAUGGAUCGAGGGAACGGAGAAAGGAGGGUUAGCGUUAGGAGGGUCUUAAUUAAAUCCAAAGGUUAUGCACACCAAUGGUGUUUAUCCUGGUUAUGUGUUUGUACACAUACACACUAACUUCUGAGACUUCAGAGGUCUUAAACUGGGUGGUGAGGGUUAGGGCUUUUUAAACAUUUAUUCUAAUAUAUGUAUAUUUGGACUGCAUAUGUAUAAAUAAAUCUUAUUUGUUAUAGCCCGA